AUGCAGCUACCCCCAAAGAUUAAGGUGCCUGAAUUCCAGAGGUACUACGGCACGACCGACCCUCGUCACCAUCUCCGUCACUACCGGGGAAAAAUGCUGCAGUACUGGGACUACGAAGAGUUUGUCAUCCAUACAUUCCAGGAUAGUUUGGCAGGAGCGGCUCUGGAUUGGUACAUGUCACUGAAAGCUGCAGAUAUCCCCACGUGGGCAGACCUCUCAAACAAAUUCAUCGACCAGUACAGGUACUGUGCGGAGACGCCCCCGACUCUGCUGGAGCUCAGCACGAUGGAGAUGGCCGAGGACCAGGGCUUCGAGGCUUAUGCAGUGAAGUGGCGAGCUAGAGCGGCGAAGCACGUCCCUCCGAUCAGUGAGGCACAGCAGAUCCAAUUAUUCCACUCCACUCUUAAAGGGGCAUACUACUUGCACUUGUUGGCCCACACGUCUUCAUUCUCUAACCUUAUCGACGCCGGAAAUAAGCUCGACAUCGGCAUCAAGCUCGGCAAGAUAGAAGGUCCGGUCGAGAAAAAGGAAGGAGAGUCCUCGAAGAGGGCCGCCACUGGGACAGCGGGAAACAGGAGAGGGAAAGACACGUCCGUCAAUGCUGUCAACUCAGGGCGCCAAGCCCCCCAGCAAUAUUCUAUAAGCUACACGCCCGCACCACCAGCCGCUCAAGCAUAUGCUCCGCCUUCGAUACAUUAUCAACCACAACCCCCAGCUCAGCAAGUUUACUAUUCCGCCCCACCGGCUUCCUUUCCAUUGCCAGUCCCGCAGCAAUACGCCCAUAAUCAUGCUUCUGCUCCUCCUCAGGCCCCGCAAUACAGGCCUCCGGCUUCGAGAACUCCUCAGCCGACACAACAGGCCCCAGCCCCACAAGGUGCGCAAGGUGGCGCAACGCAAAAUCGGCAGCGUAAACAGUUCACGCCUCUGCCGGCUCCGCUCUCCUACAUAUACCGGCAACUCCUCGCGGGUAACAAGAUCCGAUCGAUAGCACCUAACCCUGAUUUUGACCCAACCAUCCAAGAUCAGAGUCGGCGCUGCGAGUACCACCAGGGCGCACCCGGUCACACCACUGACAAUUGUUGGAAACUACGGGAGAGGAUCCAACAGUUGAUUGAUGACAAGCAACUCACGUUCAACGCCGUCAAACCCCCAAACGUGCAAUCAAAUCCUCUUCCCGAUCACGGGUCGAGCUCGGGACCCAGCAUUAACAUGAUCGGUGUUUGCGCUACGGGAGAGUACGAGACCGGACAGGAGGCACCGGCCCCGUUUGUGAUCGAAUAUGUUCCUGCAGAAGCUGGUGUAGGGUAUGCAGGGUUUGAUGCCACGCCCGCCCCAUUCGUGAUAGAAGUCCCGGCACGUGAGCCAUAUCAAGACAGCAGGGUCCCGUGGACCUACGAAGGAAGUGUUGGGAACCUCGAGAGUCAAUUUAGCGUCAUGGGCGUGACGCGCUCGGGUCGAGUCUAUGAGAAUCCGAAGGUCGCAAACAAAGAGAAAGCCCUGGCAAUGCCCGAAGUCACCCCGGAAGCCUCGUCCAUUCCCCAGAAGAAGGUGACCGAAGAAGAAGCUGAGGCCUUCAUGAAGAUAAUUAAGGCGAGUGAGUAUAAGGUGGUAGAGCAAAUGGCCAAGUCUCCGGCCCAUAUUUCGCUACUCGCCCUCCUCUUGGGUUCAGAGCCACAUCGUGAAGCGCUUCUAAGGGUCCUGACAGCAGCGCAGAUCCCCAAAGAGACGGCUCCGGAGCGGAUUGAGGAGACUAUCAGUUCGAUCUUCUCCAACAACAUUUCAUUCUCGGAUGAUGAACUUCCCUCAGAAGGGUGGGCACAUUCGCGGGCACUACACAUUAUGAACGUGGACUUUAACCGCAUCCGUCCGAGCAAGACUGCAGUUCGAGCCUUCGAUGGCUCUCGAAGGGAAGUAAAUGGAGAGAUCGACCUGGUGAUCGAGGUGGGUCCCUGCUCAUUCGCUGUUACGUUCCAAGUCCUAGACAUUCCGAAUGCUUUCAGCUUGUUGCUCGGGAGACCGUGGAUCCAUGCAGCUGGCGCCGUUCCUUCGUCCCUACACCAAAGGAUCAAAUUCAUCGCAGAAGAUCGACUUAUCACGGUCAAGGGUGAGGAGGACUACGCCAUUUACAAGGAGACAGCUGUCCCCUACAUCAGCGUCGACUACCGAGAUCUCAACAAAGCCAGCCCCAAAGAUAACUUUCCCCUACCUCACAUUGACGUCUUAGUCGACAACACAGCUCGCCACACGUUGUUUUCCUUCAUGGAUGGCUUCUCCGGGUAUAACCAGAUUCGGAUGGCCGAAGAGGACAAGAUCAAGACGACGUUCAUCACAAUGUGGGGCACUUUCUGUUACCGAGUCAUGCCCUUCGGCCUCAAAAACGCCGGGGCAACAUAUCAAAGGGCGAUGGUCACGCUAUUCCACGACAUGAUGCACAAAGAAAUCGAGGUCUACGUUGACGACAUGAUUGCCAAAUCCAAAGAAGGAGAGGACCACCUGGUUAAUUUAAAACGCCUUUUUGACCGCCUCAAGAGGUACAAGCUCAGACUCAACCCGGCGAAGUGCACAUUCGGCGCUAAGUCAGGGAAACUGUUAGGAUUUGUGGUCAGUGAGCGAGGCAUUGAGGUUGAUCCGGACAAGGUAAAGGCAAUCAGGGAGCUACGUCCGCCAUCGACGGCCCGCGAAGUACGAGGUUUCUUGGGACGGCUGAAUUACAUUGCAAGAUUUAUCGCAAACCUGACAGACAAAUGUCAACCGCUCUUUCGUCUGCUUCGUAAAAAUGCGGCAAUUGAGUGGGAUGAGGAAUGUCAGAAAGCCUUCGAUACUAUCAAGGCAUAUUUGGCUCAGCCACCAGUGCUAGUUCCGCCGACACCAGAUCGUCCGCUGAUCCUUUACUUGACAGUGCGCCGGCAAUCCCUAGGAUGCAUGUUAGGGCAAGAAGACGAGUCCACGCGCACAGAACACGCCAUUUAUUAUUUGAGCAAGAAGUUUACCGAAGGGGAGUCUAACUACCCGGAGAUUGAGAAGAUAUGUUGCGCGCUAGUGUGGGUCAUGCAGAGACUUCGACAAUACACGCUCUACCACACUAUCCGCUUAUUGUCAAAGGCGGAUCCCCUGAAGUACUUGCUCGAUAGUCCAUCUUCCAUGAAGAACAUUUCAAAGUGGCGAUGUCAACUGACAGAAUACGACAUUGAAUAUGUGCCCCGUACAUCGGUUAAGGGGCAGGCAAUUGCAGAUCACUUAGCGGAGUUCCCAAUCGAAGACGAUACGCCAAUCAACUCUAAUUUUCCGGACGAAGGGAUUCUCCAGGUGGAUAGGGAGGAGAACAAAUUCGCAUGGAAGAUGUAUUUCGACGGCGCAGUGAAUUCCACCGGUUCUGGUAUCGGCGCAGUGCUGAUAUCCCCUGACGGACGUUAUUAUCCGAUUGCAGCAAGAGUCGAUUUUCCUUGCACCAACAACGUGGCCGAAUACGAGGCAUGCAUCCUUGGCCUGCAAGCGGCGAUCGACUUCAAGGUGAAGGAAUUGGAAGUAUUCGGAGAUUCUAUGCUUACAAUCUUCCAGACUCUGGGGCAAUGGAAGACGAAGGACGAGAAAUUAGUGCCAUAUCACGAGUAUCUCGAGGAGUUAGCGGAGAACUUCGAGAAAGUCUCAUUCACAUACACGCCGCGCCACAAGAAUCAAUUUGCAGAUGCACUCGCGACGCUCGCAUCCAUGGUGAGCAUCACGAAAGAAAACCUCAUUGAACCUCUCGAGAUUGAGAUCGCCAAAGGCCCUGCUCACUGCGACACAAUCGAGGCGACCGAUGAGCAGCCAUGGUACGAAGACAUUAAGCAUUUCUUGCAAACCGGUCAAUAUCCUACAUUCGCUAACCGUCGCGAUCGAAAAACACUUCGGCGACUCGCAGCACAUUAUUUCCUGAGUGGAGAAACUCUCUAUCGCCGUUCUUUCGACGCCACACUACUCCGGUGUGUUGACGAAGUCGAGGCACAACGUCUCAUGGGAGAAAUACACGAAGGGAGCUGCGGACCCCACAUGAGCGGGCUUAUGCUUGCCAAGAAACUCAUGCGUUUAGGUUACUUUUGGUCCACCAUGGAAGCCGAUUGCGUCAAGCACGUCAAGCACUGCCACUUGUGCCAAGUGUAUGCCGACCAGAUCAAAGCACCGCCUAACGAGUUGCGCCCGAUGGCUGCCCCAUGGCCCUUUUCAAUGUGGGGUAUCGACGUGAUCGGUCCCAUCAACCCCAAGGCAUCCAACGGACACCAAUUCAUUUUGGUGGCGAUAGACUAUUUUACCAAGUGGAUCGAGGCCGUAACGCUUGCUUCAGUUACAGCAAAUGCCGUGGCACGUUUUCUCAAGCGUGACAUCAUCGCCCGAUACGGUGUUCCCGAGACGAUCAUCACCGACAAUGCCAAGAACCUGAACAACAGGGUCAUUGACGAGCUUUGUAAGCGAUUCAAAGUGCAUCACCGCAACUCCACUCCAUACCGUCCCCAAAUGAACGGUGCAGUGGAGGCUGCAAACAAAAAUAUUAAGAAGAUCAUCGAGAAAAUGACGGUGACUUACAAAGAUUGGCACGAGAUGCUUCCUUUCGCGCUCUUGGCGUACCGAACAUCUAUCCGCUCUUCAACCGGGGCAACCCCGUAUUCUUUGGUCUACGGGAUGGAGGCCGUCCUCCCGAUCGAAGUGGAGAUUCCUUCCAUGAGGGUCCUCGCCGAAACCGAACUUGAAGAAGCAGAAUGGGCGAAGCAACGUUGUGAGCAGCUCAAUCUCAUUGAUGAGAGGCGGCUAACAGCACUCUGUCACGGCCAAUGCUACCAACAGAGAAUGGCCCGAGCUUUCAAUGCGAGAGUCCGCCACCGCGAGUUCAAACCCGGUGACCUCGUUCUGCGGAAAGUCUUACAUAUUACACCUGAUUCUCGGGGCAAGUUCGCAUACAAGUACGACGGGCCUUUUGUCGUCAAGGAAGUCUUCUCCGGAGGGGCAAUCAUUUUAAGCGACAUGGACGGAACCGAAAAUGCGCUCCCAGUCAACGCCGAUGCCCUCAAGAAGUACUAUCCCUGAUUGGGUGCUUCGUCGUUCUACAGCCGUUGCA